AUUUAAAUGGUGACAGUGUCUCUGUGAUCGAGGGUCUUCGUCAGCUUCCUCCGCAACCCGUUGAAUUUUCAACGUUCCAAGAUCCUCUUUUUGCUACCAACCCAUCAAAGCAUAAACUAAGCACAAAAACCAGAGGGACAAGAAGAAGCAACAAAAAUGGGAGCUUUGACAAAGCUGAUAGACUCCAUAUCCUUCCUCUUCUUCAUUUUCACACUUUAAACUGUGACUCUGUGACCUAGUGAGAGCAAAAGCUUGUGAAGUCUUCUUCUUCAGCCUCCUCCGCAAACCCGUUGACCUUUCAACGUUCCAAGAUCCCCUUUUUGCUACAAAAACCCAUCAAAACCUAUACUGAAACAAAAUCCAGGUAAGAGAGAGCGCAACAAAAAUGGGGGCUUUGAUAAAGCUGAUAGACGCCAUACUGUUCCUCUUCUUCAUGCUCAUCGCCAUCGUAGCUCCGCUUAUGGACGCCCAAACCUGCCUACCUCUGGAAUACUUCCCCGAUUUCCUCAUCCAUCUCAAGGACUCGUACGCCACUGACUACGGCGACUAUUUGGUCACCGAGAAGCCAAAUUUCUUCGUGGGCCUCGUUUGGCUCGAGCUUUUCUUCCAGUGGCCUCUCUCCCUCAUCAAUCUCUACGCCAUUGCGGCUGGAAAGUCCUGGUUCGGUACUACUUGCUUGCUCUACGGAGUCUCUACUUUCACUUCUAUGGUUGCCAUAUUAGCAGAACUGAUGUGGUCCAAUAAAGCAUCAGAUAAGCUGUUGAUGAUCUACGCCCCUUUCAUGGGUUUUGCUGCUUUAGCAAUUUUGCGCGGCCUGCUGCCUCACUCUGGCAAGACAUCCGCAAUUGGCAAAAGACCUGCGUUAAAUAAGAAGAAGAGGGCUUGAAAUAGUUUGACUCAGCAGCUAAGCUUUUGUGUUACUUUUUCUCAUUUUAGGAAAUAUUUUAUUCCAAAUCUUCCAGUUGGAUGAUAAGGUUCAUUUUGUAUUCACUGAAGUAAGGUUUUAGACAAUGGUCUUUUUUAAGUUUUGUUAUAAAGCAUUAUGGAAUGAUAGAAUUGAACCAAAGAUGGUUUAUUAACAGUUCCUUUUUUUUCUUUUUUCUUUUUUCUUUUUUCUUUUUUCUUUUUUUUUUUUUUUUUUCUAGUUAUGAAAUACAUUUGUGUUUGUUACUUUGUUUGCAUGAAAGUACAGCCAGGUUUAUACUAUGGAUUGAUACUCCAUGAUUGUGGGAGCUUUAUACUUAAAA